AUGGCGUCCUCCAACGCCUCGUCGGCUCCAAUAACGGUCCGUUUCAUGAUCCAAGAUCCCGGUUCCCGUCAAACUGGGCAGGACAAGACCAUCAAAAUCGCACAAGCCCGAAGCCAUGCAGCCAAAUAUGUCGGUCGACGCGCUCGCUGGGAAAGGCAGAUGAGUUUCCGCCGGGAGAUGGAGUGCGAAUCAUCCCAACGACACGAACAAGAGAAGCGCACCGCAGACGAUGGUGCAAAUGAUGGCACAGAGGAUCAAACACCAGAAUCCUCCAAGGUGGUUGUCCAUAAUGCUCUGACGCAGAGCAAAAGGGAUCCAUUCUCUCCCUACGAUGCGUCAGAGCAUCCGGCAGUCUUCCAAGACCUCAUUGAGUACACCUACGACAAGCUAUGGCCUGACCUGAUUGAGGUCCAAGGAAAGCCAGCCGUCCAUCCAGGGCGGCGGCAAUGGCGCUUGGCUGCACAGGAGUGUUCUGCCGUUCAUCAUGUCCACCUCGCGAGCGUGGCAGAUUUCGGCAAAGCCAUGUACAGCGCCUACGGAUAUAGUGCCAUGUUCGAUCGGCUGAGGCUGUUUCAUCACACCAAGGCACUUCGACUGGUAAGGCAAAUUAUCCAGAAUAUGGAACCCAACGACAUCCCGACCGAUUCGCUCGUUAUGGCGGUAUACAAUCUUUCAUACCAAGGACUGGACUGGGACAAGCGGGUGUUUCCGGAGAGUCACCCCCCUUCGCCGACGCUUGGUGCACGCUUCCUUAUCCGGUAUGGUAGGAAAGUACCGCAUGCCGAACAUAUCCGUGCCAUGAAUCUCCUCAUCCAGGCCAAGGGCGGCUUGGAAGAAAUCGAACUUAUUGGCAUUGCAGAAAUGAUAUGGCUAUGGAGCCUGAACAACUGCACAACCCUUAUCCAACCCCCGAGUUUCCCGCUUCUGAAAAGCUACGAGAAACUUCUGACAGAGUACACCGAAAGGGUCAAGAUAUCCCUCCGCAACGGCACGUUUGGAAGACUCGGGACGGGGUUUUUGGUGCUACCAGCGAGGGACGCUAUUGGGCGCCUCCGCGAGCGUUUGCUUGUCACGGCCGCCAUCACCGUGGAUCUCUGCCACCUAGAACCGGGCUACGAGCGGACGCGGGAGUGGCGGCGGCUGCUGGCUGUCGCGCGUGCGAACCACCACCAGAUUCUGGACAUGCCGACCGAGAUUCCGGUGAGUGAGGCCGGGAGCGAGGAAGAAAGGCUGAUCUUUGCUAUUACGCGCCUCGGCGCCUUACUUUACGACGACAUGGUCGUGUACCCGCAGAUCGACUCCUCGGAAAUCAAGCCCCGCCUAGCGCACGCGCUGCGCCGCGCCCUGACCGAGAAGUUUCACAAAUUCACCCCGGGGGGAGGCCGCGAGGAGUACCGUCCCUUGGUGCUCUGGACGCUGCUGCUCGGCUGCAUCGGCGCCACCUACACACCUCACGACCGGCCCUGGUUCGUGAGCCAGCUCCACGAGCGCUCCGCCCAGCUUGGCCUCAAUAAGUUCCAAGACUUCAAGGCCGCCAUGGGUUGUUACCUGUGGUUUGAGAACCUAGAUGGCCCCGCGCGGAAGGCCUGGUCCGAGGGCGAGAAUGCGUUUCGUACCAAGCACACGGAGCAGGACGAGGAUGAGGUCGAGGAUAAGCACACGCCCAAGGACAAGGACAAGGACUCCAAGAGUCAAGGGGAUUUCUGA